AUCUUUUUGAAUAGCCUGCGGAAGACCUUCAAUUCCUAAAAGCCCUGAGCACGCUAAGAUAAGACUCCCGAUAUCUGGAAUAUUUUUUCCCCCAAACCUCGUGGUCUCUCUGACAAGAGCCAAUCGUGUUAUAUCCACCAAUCUCUUGAAACAUGGCUUUUCACGGAUCCAGAGGCGGCUCUCGAGGACGUGGCUCAAGUUCGGGGCGCUCUAGAGGUCGCGGAGGUGGAUUUAGAGGUGGCAGAGGUGGCAGAGGCAGACCCGUUUUCGACAGUGCUAGGAUCGCUGAGAAAGAGGCUAAGGAAGAUGAAGAUGCCAAAUUCGAAAGCUCGGAAGAGGAAGAACUUGCCAGCCAAGACGAAUCCAGCAGCGACGAAGAUGAAAUACAAUUGCCGACAGUUCGUCCUUAUGCGGCUUUGAUGCAAAGUCUGGCCGCCGAGUCACGCCAUCAACCUAAGAGAAGAAAGCUCGAGCAUGUUCAGGAAGCAGAAGAGCCCAUGCCCCAGGAAAACGAAGUGGAGCAGCCAGAAACUGAAGCUGGCGUCGUAGACGUCGAUCACGUUGAAGAGGUGGAAGAGGGGCCAGAAACUGCAACUGAUGGCCUGUUACAGGAUGAUGAAGAUCUAGAAGAUGCUUCGGAUCCUUUCGAGGCCCAUUUUGCCAACCCGGACGACAAUUUACUCUCCAAGAGAUUGAAGGCAUUGCAGGAAAAUCAAUGGAGUACGCAGAAAGUCAUGGUCCCAAAAUUUGGAAAAGCUGUGAUCAAUCUCCCUCAGUCCGAUGGCUCAAAGCCCACAACCGCUUUAACUUCAAUAUCUGGCCCAGAGGAAUUGAAAUUGAAGCAGAAGUUGAAAGGGGCGGUCACGAAGCAAAGGUCUUCUUUUGAUGCAUUGGAAAUGCACAUUGCCCCUUUGAUCUUCAACUAUCAGGAUGUCUUAUUUUGUGAACGACGCACUGCAAAUGCAGAAAGUCUACGGCGAUUGGCAUGCUUGCAUGCUGUCAAUCAUGUGUUUAAAACUCGAGAUCGUGUUAUCAAGAACAAUGCCCGUCUUGCAAAGGAAGAAAACAACGAUGACUUGGAACUACGAGAUCAAGGCUUCACUCGUCCGAAGGUCCUCAUGCUUCUGCCCACCCGCGAAUCUUGCGUUCGAAUGGUCAAUAUGAUCACGUCUCUAUGCGAGCCAGAGCAACAGGAGAACCGAAAACGAUUUGAGGAUUCGUAUGUAGAGAAGGAUGUGAACUUUUCAGCAGACAAACCGGAUGAUUUCAAGGAACUAUUUGGAGGGAAUGACGAUGAUAUGUUCCGGCUGGGCUUGAAGUUCACCAGGAAGACGAUCAAAUAUUUUUCUCAAUUCUAUAACUCGGACAUAAUAUUCGCCAGUCCACUAGGCCUUCGAAUGGCACUCGAAGGCCAGGGGGAUAAGAAAGGAGAUUACGAUUUCCUAAGUUCGAUCGAAGUGGUCAUCGUUGACCAGGUUGAUGCACUCACCAUGCAAAAAUGGGAACAUGUGGAGUAUAUCUUCGAACACCUCAAUUUACAACCAAAGGAGGCUCAUGGCUGCGACUUCAGCAGAGUACGGAACUGGUAUUUGGACAACAACGCCAAAUAUUUCCGCCAGGUCAUUGCUCUCUCUGCUUUUAACACCACUGAAAUCAACACACUAUUUUUCAACCAGUCCAGGAAUUGGGCGGGUAAAAUCAAAAUCAGCGCCAACUACUCGGGAGCAAUUCAGGGGUUAGGAUUGAAAGUCAAGCAAACCUUUUCUCGACUAGAAUCGCCCUCCUUUGACUCGGAUCCGGAUGCUCGAUUUACCUAUUUCACUACGACUAUUAUUCCUGCCUUAACCCGUCGUUCCAAAGAUAGCACUGGCACUAUCAUCUUCAUUCCGUCUUAUCUUGACUUUCCUCGCGUGAGAAACUAUUUCGCCACAUCUCCGACCACGAGCAACUUAUCCUUCGCCAGUAUUUCUGAAUACACAUCAGUACGGGAUGUUGCAAGAGCGCGUUCUCACUUCGUCAACGGACGACAUAGCAUUCUGUUGUAUACAGAGCGUGCCCAUCACUUCAGGCGAUACCGGCUCCAGGGCGUGAAAAAAAUAAUUAUGUAUGGAUUACCUGAUAACCCAACCUUUUAUAAGGAAAUUGUCGAAGGUUACUUGGGUAGAAGCGUGCAAGAAGGAAAGCUAGAGCCUGGUGAGGGAAGUGUAAGAGUGAUCUUCUCCAAAUGGGAUGUGCUGAAGCUUGAGAGAGUUGUUGGUACUGAAAGAGCAGGCAAGAUGAUCUGGGAGAAAGGCGAUACUUUUGAUUUUGUAUAGAAGCUCUAAUCCAGCCCCCAAGUCCCUAAUAAACCACAUUCAAUGCAAUUGUACACGCUCGUAUGGCUUCUAUAAAUACAGUGUCGCCUCCAAAUAAUUUUACACUUUCCCACCCCAUCUCUUUUCAGCGCUCACUGCAUUAUUUCUCUCUCCCACUUGCAAGUCAUUUAACUUUUCAACCAUCUUCUCCAACUCCGUCUGCCCAUCAGGUCUAAAUCGUGUGACUUUCUCGACGUUCCUCUUGGUCAUCUCGUUCA